GUACAUCCAUUUAUUGAAAUUUUUAGAAGUCUUCACAAUCCAUCGCUAGCUUUGAGUGCUCAGUAGCUGACCUUCCACUGAUCUUCUGCACACCAUCCAUCCAUCAUCUCCCGGUCGACCCCUACUACAAUGACUUUCCACCGUUCUUUCCAUAAUAAUUUUCUCAAGGUUAUUCCCAUCUCUAUGUCUCAGGUGACCACAGCAUAUAAGUUUGCAUCUGUUGAUUUCUGGCAACCAGGUCUGCUUCUCUCCAAUAAUAUUUCCAACAUAGGCAUUUGCCCUUCUUUUUUCGUCCAGGACAUAUGCAAAAGUCUUUGCCAGCACCACAUUUCAAAAGCUUCAAUUGUCUUCUGGCCAGCAGCAUUAACCUCCCAUGAUUCACAUCCAGAAAUUGCUCUGAAAAAAUUAGGCUUUUCACCAGUUGCACCUUCCCACAUUUCGAGAUGUAACUGUUUUUCCAUAUUUUCUUAAGGGAGGCCACAACUGAGCGAGCCAUCUUCAGUUAUUGAUCUUACAUGGUAAAUCUGUAAUGAUGUAGGGGGUGACUACUGCCUGAAGGGACCUUUUCUGCCUUUACCAAAAUAGGAAUAAAUAACAGAGUGAAGUAACUAUCGUACGAUCUUCACAUUGCAUGCGAGCAAAGCUCUGCUCAGUGUAAUCCAGCGUCGCAUGAAAUGAAGGAUAGAAGCAAAACUACCACCCCAACAAGUUGGUUCCAGAGAAGGCCGAAACACAUGUGACCAAAUCACAAAUAUCUGUCACAUCAUUGAAGAAUGCAGAGUGCAUUCAUCCAUUAAUCAUGUGUUUCAUUGACAUCCCAAAAGUGUUAGAUAUUGUCCCACACCCCCAUCUUUGGAGGAUACUGGCAGACAUGGGGAUUCCAAAGCCUCUUAUUGAACUCAUCACAAGUCUCUACCACCAACAGGCCAAAGUGCAACCAGCGGGUUUUCCACCGGGUGGGGUGUGAGACAAGGGUAUAUUUUGUCCCUAAAAUCCUUUAACAUAUAUGCAGAAUUUAUGAUGAUAGAAACUUCCUUUUUUUUUUUUUUAAAUGAAGGCUGAGAUUCUCUCGUAUUUGCAUGACUUCAGGAGCUGGGACUUUAAGAAAACUCUCCAACUUACAAGAGUUGGUAACGCUGCCAUGAAGUCAAUGGGGCUACCCUAGUAUCAAACCAGUGUUGGUGUGAACAGAACCAGGAGCAGAGACGGGUCAAAACCAGAGCCUCAAAACUGGAUCCCUCUGAAUUUUGAGGGAGGGGGUACCAAUGCCAAUCCCUUCAUCUGACCUCAUUAUUAUGGCUUUGGUUCCAGGAUGGGAAUACUCCCAGUGCAGGCGCAAUUCAGGACUGGUGUUGGCCACCCUCCUUUGCAAGCUGGAAUCCCGGAGGCACAAGGGUGGUGAAAUACACCUUGUUACCUCUCCACUGCCAGGCCCGCACCUCCCAUGCCGAUCAGCAGAGGAUCCAACCCUCCCGCUCUGCAGUCUCCUUGUCCAACACCCAGUCUGGGACCCUCAAUUCCAAAAGCCUGAAACCUUCACUGUUUUACUGUAGCAUCAGGGAUCAUUCUGCUGAGGAGGAAAACAGCUGGUUUGGGAACAUCUGCUCAGCUGUGAUUGUUGCCCAGAAAGUGACUUUCUGGAGCCCACCUUGCAGACAAACACAGCAGCAGCAAUAGAGCCACUGACACACAGAGCCAAAUUCUGCUCUCACACUGGUGUAAAUCUAGGUUAACUGGGCAAAUAAAGGCUCACAAUGAGACAUGCAUGGAGCCUCUGUUCCCUGGAAACAUGCCCCUUAAUCUCUUUAGCAGGUUUUAGCCCAGUUUUGUGUGCCACUGCUGCCCACAUACUAAAAUGGGCUGCUCCCUCCCAUUUCUUGUGAUUCUUAAUGACAUCUCAUUUCCUGGCACCAAAUGCUGGAGCAUGAUGCCACACCCACCCUUUGGCGUGCAGCAUUUGACCCCAGGGCAAAGAGACAGGCAGCUCUGAUGGAGCUGGAGACCAGAGCCCUGGCACCCAGCAGCCGAAUGGGGCUGUGCUAGGGGGAAAACGCUUCCGAAGAAUAAAGAGGAAAGACACUGUAUGGUCCAGCAGGGAUGGAGGGCUACUGCGUUUGAUGUUCACUGUCUGUAUCAAGGCCGAGCUGUUUGGAUCCGAGGAGUCUGUGCUACUCCCAGGGGAAAGGAAUCGAUGGGACAUUAUUUGAGCUACAUUUUUCAAAUCUAUUUCUUUACGUAAGUGCUGGGUGAAGCUCUGGGGUCAUACAGGGAUCCUGAUCUCUGCAACACUGAGCUAGCAGGGGCUGGGAACGUUGUGGAAAAGAUUCAUCCCCAGGAAGAGCAAGGGGCAGGCCUGGUGGUAGGCUGGGGAAGGCAAAGGAUAAGUGAUGAGGUCCAGUGGUGGUUAUGGCACCAGCCCUGGUGAUUCAGGUUCAAGUUCUGGCUGUGUCACUCGCUGGCUUCCUGUGCGACCUUGGGCAACCCACACCAAGCUUGUCACCGUGACCACGUACUGCGCGGCAAGCUGAGGCAGAACUGCACAGAUCUUUAGCCUCUCUGCGCCGCAGCGUCCCCUCUUUAAAAUGGGGGUAAUAAUGCUUCUCAACCUCACGCGGGGGCGGGGUGGGGUUGUGCAGAUAAACCCAGUAAUGGCUGCGAUGCGCUCCAACGCUGCGGGAAUGGGAGCCAUGGAAGCGCCUCAGCCAGAUAAGAGGGGAGCAGGCUCUGGCGGAGCUUCCUGCUGACACGACGCCGGCCUUGUUGCUACGCGUGGGUGGGGUGACGCCAUGACUCCAGGAGGCUGGGAUGGGGGAGAUGGUGCUAUUCCCCCCCCCAGCCACCUCCAUGCCCCACACUGGCAUUUUGGGGCCUCCCCGCCCUGCCACUUCGCCAGGCUGCAGCACGUGGCCACAUUUGGAGGGGGUCCCCGCCGGGCCAGGUCACCCCACGUCGGCGUCACGUGACCCUGCACCCCGCUUUGCCCCCCGCCCCCAGGGUCCUGCGGCCGCGCUGGGAGCGGGCCACGCGCUGAUAUCACGCACCAGCCGAAAUCGGACGUCGUGCGCCGUCACCCCGGCGACGCGAGGAUGUCAAGAGCCAUCACCAUGGCAACGGUAGGACGUCACGCACCAGCACCAUGGCAACGCUGGGCCGGUCUUAUGUGCCCAACAACCCCGACUCAGGCCCUCGGGGGGCGGGGCGGGAGAGGUCACGGAGAAGGCGCGAAAGCAGCACGAGCGGCCCCGCGACCCGGCCCCCUGCAACGCUCGCCCUGUGGGCGGGGCCAAAGCGGCUCCCCCGUCACGUGACCCCCCCAGCAUGGCGGCGCCCUGGGCUGCCUCGGACGGGGCCCGGCGGGGUGUUGCGGAAGCGGGAAGGGUUGCGUGUCAAUGAGGCGGGCGGGCGCUGGCGAGGAGCCCCCACCCCCCCCCGAGCGAGCGGGGCAGGUGCUUUGGAGUAGACCGCAGGGGAUGCACAUGAUGUUUUGAGGCACCAUGCUAUUCACUGCAUAUGUCGCCUUUGCUGUCCUGCUGGCAAUAUGCCUGGGUUUGGAGUUCUCCGCCUGCCGCGCCAAGCUCACUGGCAGCACCUGUACCAACCCUGCCUUCCUGCGGUUCCAGCUGGACUAUUACCAAGUGUAUUUCCUGGCUCUGGCGGCUGACUGGCUACAGGGCCCCUACCUCUAUAAACUCUAUCAGCACUACCACUUCCUGGAGGGCCAGAUCGCCAUCAUUUAUGUCUGCGGCUUUGCCUCCAGUGUGCUCUUUGGACUGGUCUCCACCUCCUUGGUUGACUGGCUGGGUCGCAAGAAAUCCUGCAUCCUCUUCUCCCUGACCUACUCGGUCUGCUGCCUCACCAAGCUCUCCUGGGAUUACUUCGUGCUGGUAGUGGGGAGGAUAUUAGGAGGGUUGUCCACAGCCCUGCUGUUCUCCGCCUUCGAGGCGUGGUAUAUGCAUGAGCAUGUGGAACGGCAUGACUUCCCGGCAGAGUGGAUCCCGGCCACCUUUUCGAGGGCCGCCUUCUGGAACAAUGUCAUUGCGAUCGGAGCGGGGGUGACAGCCAACUUUUUCGCUGAGUGGCUGGGCUUGGGCCCCGUGGCCCCAUUCAUGGUCUCCAUCCCAUUCCUCAUGCUGACGGGCUUCUUUGCCGUGAAGAACUGGGAUGAGAACUAUGGCAAGAAGCGGGCACUGUCCAAGACUUGCAUCGAUGGUUUGAAGUGUCUCCUGUCUGACCGGCGUGUCCUGCUCUUGGGCGCUAUCCAGGCCUUGUUUGAAAGCGUCAUCUAUAUCUUCAUCUUCCUCUGGACACCUGUCCUCGAUCCGCACAACCCACCUCUGGGCAUUGUCUUCUCCAGCUUCAUGGCUGCGAGCAUGGUGGGGUCAUCGCUGUACCGUAUUGCCACAUCCAAGAGGUACCACCUCCAGCCCAUGCACAUCCUCUCUCUUUCUGUCUUGAUGGUAUUCUUCUCCCUCUUCAUGCUGACUUUCUCCACCAACCCUGGGCAGGAGAGCCCUUCUGAGUCCUUCCUGGCCUUUUUGCUGAUUGAACUCUCCUGUGGGCUGUAUUUCCCUGCCAUGGGCUUCCUCCGGCGGAAGGUGAUCCCAGAGAAGGACCAGGUGGGCGUGAUGAACUGGUUCCGCAUCCCCCUGAACCUGCUGGCUUGCCUUGGCAUGCUCAUCCUCCAUGACAGCGACUACAAGACAGGUACCAGGAACAUGUUCACCAUAUGCUCUGUGAUGAUGGUGAUGGCGUUGCUGGCCGUCGUUAGCCUCUUCACCGUGGUCAGGAACAACGCAGAGCUCAAGGUGCCUAGCCCGCAGGGGCAGAAUGAGCUGUCCUCCCCGGAGCUCUGAUCACAUGCCGGGCUCGACUGGCACCCCCCCUCCCAUUGGUAAAGUCUCCAAAAGCUUAAUACUUUGAAUACCAUGACUCUGGGCUAGAGGAGAGGACUCUAAGUGAGAGAGACUCUGUAGAAAAGACAGCUGCUCUGAGGACUGGUCUUUGGGUGUUGGGGCUGGUCCCGUAUGUUCUAAUUUUCACUUGGAAAAACGUAUUGUUUCAAACAAAAUUUCUAUAAAUCACAAGCAGCCUCGUGAGCACCCAACAAGCAUAGUUUGUUCCUUCCCACCCUGGAGUGCCUGCAUCCAAAACUUCCUAACCUGGGCCUUCAAACUCUGGGAGCUCCCUGCAUCCUCAGUUCUGUAGCUGCCAUGUUUGGAGAUGGCGGGGAGAGGCCAGGCGGUAGGAACACGUCACAGCUGCUUGGCCCCUAGCUUUUGCUGGGGGGGAGAACAAGGAAAGAGACUCUCUUCACAUGUUGGAGGUAUUGACCCCAGUUACUGCAUGAGCCAAACUCCAAAUCCCUUCACUCUAUUAUUUUUUUUAAAUAAAAAAGAAAUAAAACUCUUUCCUCGGAGAAAA